AUGGAGGCUGUGGUCGCAGUGGAUGGCAAACGUCCCAGCCCGGCGACUUUGUUCAUUCAUGAAAACACUAACUAUAAUGGAAGGGAAGCGGGUGCGGCGUGCGUUCCCAUGCGAGUCAACGAUAGCAUUACUGUGCAACAACUCGCUGAUGAGUACUGCAUCACGAGUGUUGUGGAAUGUGAUGCCACGGGUAGUGUUCAACCCCGAGCGGUGGCGCUAGAUUCACCCCUUGAUGUUCUCCACGGGGGAAAGUAUUAUAUUGCCAGGCGUGAUGUGAAACAUUUUGCGCGGGAACCCCGGGUAACAUUCCGUGGAAAAGUUACCGUGAGGGAGUUUAAUGCGACACACGGGGUAAUUGGGCGGGAAGGGGAAACAAACGCGAACCGAGGACAAGCUGUCGCUGCGGAUCCCGUAGGCGUAGCCCCAUCCCGCAAGCGGCCCGAACGGGAGGAAGACUUGUUCGAUAGCGGCACACGCACUGAGAUAUAUGCGAAGGAGUACGAAUUUGUGCCCUUCGUGGGGGAUCUCUACAACGAUGGAAGGAAUGGCAUGAUUCAUCUCAAAGAUGUGAAGAAACUCUGUGAAAGCGUAGAUUUAGACGAAGUUGAGUUCAGAGCGCGACACGUACAAGCGGAGAAAAUCCUAACCCAUGCAAAACAACUAUUGCUUAGCUACGCGGACGGCAACGGCGGGAGGACCAGCCCCGAAUACUAG